AUGGCCUCCCAAGAAACUCCCGCGAUGACCGAAAAGACGGCUCAGACGACCACAGUUCCUGCAGUGCCCGCUCCUGCGCAUUCUCUUCCCCAAGAGCUGGCGGCUGCCGGAUAUCAACCUUACUACCAGCCUUACCCGGGCCAAGCAACUGCUACAACUGCUCCGAUCGAGUCGACCAAGGGCGCCUACACAAGACUGGGAUUCCACGGCACAGUUGUUAUCUUGGGCGCCAUUGGCUUGGGCGUGUCUUUGUCGUCUCUCGGGGAUAGCGGCUAUGGCAUUGGUGCCGCUGCAGCUCCAGGUAUCGGUCUCUGUCUGGCAUGGAGUCUCGCAGAACUCAUCACCAGAGCCGUGCGCAAGUUCAAAGCCGGCAUCCACCCGGGCGCGCACGUCGGCGUCUGCCUCAUCCUCUGGCUCAUCACCGCCAUCAUGGGCGGCAGCCUGUGCGCCUUUGUCGCCCUGAACGACAUGUCCUCCCGCGACGACCAGGACGACACGAACUGCAUCGUGAGCACGUACGACAGCGAGGGCAACCUGCGGACGUACGACGAGUGCGACUACGACGACGACUACGUGCGGUACCCGCGGGGCAAGGCGCUGGGCGGCGCGGUGAUUACGUGCCUGCUGUUCGCGAUUGAGUUUGGGCUGUUUGUGGACGCGUGCGUGAGGACGCACAGGAGGAACACGGCCAAGGCGAGGCCCGUCAUGGUGAUUGCGCAGCCGCAGAACUGGGGGCCGGCGGCGCAGGGGUGGCAGCCGAUGGGCAAUGAGGCCUCGACGGAGAAUGUCCAGGUGCCUGCCGCUGCUGCUGCUGCUCGUGGACAGGAGCCGGUGAAGGAGUAUUAUGCUCCUGCUUGA